GGCGGGGCGGCCCCAGGUUCCGCCCACCGGCGCGGCUUGUGGGCGGCGAGGAAGGGCUUUGCCUCACUUGCAGGCAGCGCUGGGCGGACAGAAGCGGGAGAGCCGGCUGUGGGCAGGAUGAGUGCAGCCUCGGACCCUGUGGUGAUCGUCUCGGCAGCGCGGACCGUCGUAGGCUCCUUCAAUGGUGCCUUAGCUACUGUUCCUGUCCAGGACCUAGGCUCGACUGUCAUCAAAGAAGUCCUGAAGAGGGCCACUGUGGCUCCAGAAGACGUGUCUGAGGUCAUAUUCGGACAUGUUUUGGCAGCAGGUUGCGGGCAGAAUCCUGUAAGACAAGCCAGUGUGGGUGCAGGAAUUCCCUACUCUGUUCCAGCAUGGAGCUGCCAGAUGGUCUGUGGGUCAGGCCUAAAAGCCGUGUGCCUUGCAGCCCAGUCCAUAGGGUUAGGAGACUCCAGCAUUGUGGUUGCAGGAGGCAUGGAAAGUAUGAGCAAGGCUCCCCACUUGGUUCACUUGAGAACAGGAGUAAAGCUCGGUGAGACGGCGCUAGCUGACAGUAUACUCUGUGAUGGUCUUACCUGUGCAUUUCACAACUGUCAUAUGGGUAUUACAGCUGAAAAUGUAGCCAAAAAAUGGCAAGUGAGUAGAGAAGAUCAGGACAAGAUUGCAGUUCUGUCUCAGAAUAGGACAGAGAGUGCACAGAAAGCUGGUCAUUUUGAUAAAGAGAUUGUGCCAGUUUUUGUGUCUUCUAGAAAAGGUCUUAUUGAAGUUAAAACAGACGAGUUUCCUCGCCACGGGAGCAACAUAGAAGCCGUGUCCAAGCUAAAGCCUUACUUUCUUACAGAUGGAACAGGAACAGUAACUGCAGCGAAUGCUUCAGGAAUAAAUGAUGGAGCUGCAGCUGUGGUUCUUAUGAAGAAAUCAGAAGCUGAUAAGCGUGGGCUUACAUCUUUAGCACAGAUAGUUUCCUGGUCACAAGUAGGUGUGGACCCUUCCAUUAUGGGAACAGGACCAAUUCCAGCCAUAAAGCAAGCUGUUGCAAAAGCAGGAUGGUCAUUGGAGGAUGUUGAUGUAUUUGAAAUCAAUGAAGCCUUUGCAGCCCUCUCUGUUGCAAUAGCUAAAGAACUUGGACUAAACCCAGAGAAGGUCAACAUUCAAGGAGGGGCUAUAGCACUGGGCCACCCUCUUGGAGCAUCCGGCUGCCGAAUUCUUGUGACCCUGUUACACACACUGGAGAGAACAGGCGGCACUCGUGGUGUCGCAGCCCUGUGCAUUGGGGGUGGGAUGGGAAUAGCAAUGUGUGUUCAGAGAGGAUGAAUGGCUUAAACUAAACUUGAAACUUCAUUUCUCUUUAAACCAAUAAAGUACAAAGUUAUAAAA